AUGGUUGAUUCUACUAUGGUUGGCAUGAAAUGGAAACCAAUUGAUAAUAUUACUAAGAAACAGCUACCUUCCUCAACAUCAAACUCAAUUUCAACAUCAACAACAUCUUCUGUAAAGAAUGCAUAUCCAGGUCAAAGCCCACGUUUAUUAAGUAACGGUCAAUCUGCUAUCAUUCAAAAACAACAACAAAGUAAUCAUAAACAUAAUAAUAAUAACAAGAAUAAUAGCAGAUUUCGUUUAUUUUCAAUCAAUCAAUUUAAACAACAUGUUAAAAAAGAACAGAUCGAACCGGCUUUACCUUCAAUCACUACAAAUACCGAUGCAAAUAAAGUCAAAAGUGAAGUUCAUAUCGAGAACGACAAUGAUACUGAUCAUGUCGAGACGAACAAAUUGAAGAAAAAAAUUAAAAAAUUACAUAAUAAAAUCGAUGGUUAUAAACAAAAUGAAAUCUUAUUCAGGAACAAUACUAAUAUCAUCACAAAGGAAAUUCUAAGUAAUCAAUUUGAAAUUUCAAGACUUCAUGGUCAAUUGGAAACUUUACGAGUUAAUAACCAGAAUUUAAACAGUUUGAAUAAUUAUCUGAUUAACGAUUUGAUUACUACAAAAAUAGAUUUCCAAAGAAUUAGAAAUAAUCUUAUCAACAGCCUUCAUUCAAAUCAUUCGACUUGUUCAGUUAACAACCUUGCCACUAGCAUUACGCAAUCGCAAAAAAUAGAUAUACAUGGUAUUAAAGAUAACGAUAAAGAAGAAGAGGAAGAGGAAAAGAAAGAGGAAGAAGAACAACAAGAAGUAGAUCAAGACAAGCAAAAUCUUCCCAACACUUCAUCACAAAAUAACGAUAUGGUUGUCACAAAAGCCAAUUUACAGAAAUUGGAAAAUAAUAUAAUGAUGAGACUGAAUCAAUAUGAAGAUUUACAAAAUUCUUUAGAGAAUCAAAUCAAAGAAAAUAGCCAUUUAUCAAAUAUUAAAGAUCUAACAACACCUAUGGAAUCUCCAUAUAUUAAAAAAUUGAAGGAAACAAUUGAGACAUACAAUAAUGAUCUGAAAAACUUACACGCUAUAUUAAAUAACAGAACGGCAAAUUAUCAAAUUUUAUUAAAUAAAUCUGAAAAAGCAUUUGCUGCAUUAGAACAAAGAAGAAACAUUGACGUAGCAAGUAUGAGAGACUAUAUCGAUAAAUCACAAAAAUAUAUGCAAAAUGCAAGUAUAUAUAUUGCAAAGUUAGAAAAGGAGAAAAAUGAAUCAAAUAUAUUAAUCAACGAUUUACGAAAUAAUGUUACUCAGCAAGAAACAAAAUGGCAAAACGAAGUUGCUCAGUUAAAGGCAAAGUUGAACAAUAUCAAUGCAGACAAUAACAAUACUAACAAUAUAAAUACCCUUAAAGCAAAUUAUGAAACUGAGAUCAAAAAAUUGAUGCAGGAGUUACAAGUAGCACAAAAUGCGCAAAAAACAAAACAAGCAACGAUAGUUUUAUUAAACAGUGAAUUAUCCAAGGUUAAAAAUGAACUAUUAGCUGUACAUCAUUACCAAACUCUAAAUAUUCCAAACUCUGAUACAGUAAGUGAAAUUAUUAAUAGCCAAAAGAAAAGUUACGAAAGUUUACUUGAUUUAGCCAAAACUGAACAUAAAAGAGAAAUGAGCACAUUGAAAACACAAUAUUUAGUGUUAUUGAACCAAUAUAAACAAAUUACAGCUAAUAUGAAUCAAACAUUUAAUCGUGAUUCUCCUAUUAUUCAACUCCUAAUUAAAGAAGAACGUCAAAGAUUGUUGCGUGAUGUACAAUCAUGUCUUAGUAUCAUCUCUAAUAAUCCAAAUAUGAGAGAUCAAAUUGGUAAAACUGAUGUAUUUAAUGCUAUAAAUAUAUUAAAUAUGGUUACAUCAAAAUUGCUCAAUCCCCCAGAUAAUCUCCAAUUUCAAAUAAAUCAACAAACUCAAAACAAUACAAAUUUACUUCAACAAAAUACUUUUAAUAACAACAACAUUAAUAAUAGUAACCAACAUCAACCAAACAUAAUAGUUAAAAAUAAUGUAAAUAACAAUAAGAAUAAUAAUCUCAAUAAUAAUAGUAAUGCUAACAAUACUGUGUUCCAACAAACUAAUAUGGUACUAGCAAUACAAGACAAACCAGAAAAUAUUAAUAAUUCAAUCUCAAAUAAUGCAAUUAAACAAAACGCAUCCAGUACUCCUUUUUAUACUGUACAUCAGAAUGUAAAUAAUACUAAUAACUCUAAUAACAAUAUUAUCAAUACGGAAAUUGAUAGUACCAUUAAUUAUCAAAAUCUUCCAAACAAUAACAAAACUAUUAUUAAUAGUAAAGUUACAUCAAAUAACAUCUCUCCUGAUAUUUCUACUAACACAAGAAUUAUUACUAAUACUCAUACUACCACAAAUAAUCAAAAUACAAUUAACACUUUAGUACCAUCUUCAUUUACACCAAUAAAUAAAAUCAAUCAUGUAACCACCAAUUCAACUAAUAACAAUUUUGGUGUGAUAUUACCUACUUCAACUACAAACACACUCGAUAAUAAUAAUCAUAUUUCUAAGAAUAACGUAAAUAAAAAUAAGGAGACAACCACCACUACGACUAAUACCACAACUGCAGACACUAAUAAACAUAUUGAAACCAUUAAAAUAUCAGACAAAGUUGAAAAAACAACUUCUAAAGAAAAGGAAGAAUCAUCCCAAACAAUAUCAAAUUCUUCAUAUAAUCCUGAUAAAACUACAGCACCAUCAUCUUUAAACUCAUUCACUAAAGAAACUGCUGCUGUUUCUACGAUAAACUCAACAAAAACAGAGACUCCUCUAGCAACAAAGGAACCAACUCCAACAUCAACGAAUCAAGAAAACACGAAUAGUAUAAAUAAUGAACAAGAAAAAAAUUCAGCAUCAAUGCCACAAAUACAAUCACGUAAAGAAGUGGUACCAUCCACUUCUACAAUUUCUACUAAUACAACUGCUACAACUACCACCACCGCCACUACUACUACUACUACUACACCCAUUAGUACCAUUGAGACAACUUUAACAAUGAAUAACAAAGCUGAUAACUCAACGAGGUAA